AUGGUACUACAAGCACUCAGUAAUGCCAACCUCCAAAUCAACAUUAAGAAGAGCGUUUGGUUCAGCUCUAGUGUUGUUUUCCUGGGCAGGCGAAUUGACGGCAUGACCAAAACAACUAAAGAGGAAUCUGUGGAGAAGAUCAAGCACAUGACGAAGCCUUACGAUGUACACUCCCUGCGUGUGUUCCUUGGACUGGCUGGCCACUUUCGUGCGUUCGUCCAGGAUUACGCCGCAAGAACAAGAAGUCUAACGGCUUUACUUCGCAAGGACGUUCGCUUCCACUGGACUACGCAAUGCGAAGCUGCUUAUCAAGACAUUCUUGCAGCAAUCACUUCCAACCCCAUCUUGACACUACCAGAUUUCAAGUUACCAUUUGAGCUGCGUACCGAUGCCUCCCACUUUGGAACGGGCGCUGUAUUAUACCAGCGUGACGCGAUGAAACCCGCCGCCCAACAAAUGACAGCUAUAGGGUACUACUCAUACACCUUCAACGACACGGAACUCAGUUAUAUAGUACAACAGAGAAAGAACUUCUCGCUGUUGUAA